GACUGACGUCAUAGAGCAGCGUAAGCUGCUGACGUGGAUUUAGGAAGUGGCUGUCGAGCUGUUUCACCCGUUACUUCCUAACCUUAACUCUUUAACAUUAAUCUUUGCUAUUGAUUACCCACCAUGAACUCAUCAUAUUUAAUACUUAGCUAUCUGAUAAAAUAACAACGGAAGAGAAACCGGGCCAAUUGCAAAGGUGUGGUUGUAUUGCAGUGGUCUAAUGGAAAAGCGUGACUGACUUUCACAGCAACAAUGGGUAAGAAGAGGGUGCCAGAUCUGUACAGAGCGCCCUUUCCCUUGUACUCCAUAAAAGUGGACCGCAAGACAGGCUUAGUAAUCACAGCAGGAGGAGGGGGGGCAUCCAAAACAGGCAUAAAGAAUGCUGUGCACUUCCUGGAUCUACAGCUGGUUGGAGGACACCAGUACAGUGCCAGUCUCCUUCAUUCUCAUGAUACUGACACACGUGCCACCAUGAACAUGGCUGUAGGUCAUGGUGUGAUUGCUGCUGGGCAGGAUGGGACCUGCUGUGUGAUGAGGUUUGAACAUACCACACAGACAAAAGAAAGCAAAGAUGCUGCUAAAGAUGUGGGAAACAGCAUGCAGCACGGUGAUGUCAGGCGACGAGCUGGGAAAGGGGACAAAGGUGGACAAGAUGGAGCUGCACCAUCUGGAGAUAAGUCCAGUAUUAAGGAAGAAACGGCUCACAUCUAUGUGACUGGUUUGGCUGAAGUGCAGUCGGACCUGAACCCUCAGGAUCCACUCCAGAAGGUGGUUAGAUUCAGUCCUGAUCUUACCCUUCUGCUGACAGGAGGCACAGAUGGGCACAUCCGAGUCUGGGAGUUUCCAUCCCUGAAAAAAAAGUUUGACUUCAAAGCACAUGAAGGGGAGAUUGAAGACUUGGAUAUGAGUCUAGGAAACAAGCAUGUUCUCAUGCAGCACCUGGUGACUGUGGGCCGAGACUUUUCCUGCAGUGUAUGGACUGGCAAUCAGUUGGCUAUGGGUCUUAAAUGGCUUGAAACCAAGCCUCAAAUACCUGAGAAGACUUAUCGAUAUAUGGCUUGCAGGUUUGGAAAGGUAGAAGACCAAAAAGACGCCCUGAGACUGUACACAGUACAGAUCCCCCAUAAGCGAGACAGAAAACCUCCUCCUUGCUACCUCACCAAGUGGGAUGGCAAGAGCUUUUUGCCCAUGUUGACAGCUCCCUGUGGCACUGAGGUCAUCUCUAGUGUGGCUGUGAGUGACUCUGGAACCUUUCUUGGCCUUGGAACUGUGACAGGGUCAGUGGCUAUCUACAUUACUUUUUCUCUACAGAAGCUGUAUUAUGUGCAGGAGUCGCACGGCAUUGUUGUGACAGACGUGGCCUUCCUGCCUGACUCACUGAAAGGGAAAAAUAUCAAAGGGAAUAAUGAAACAGCCAUGCUCAGUGUAGCCGUAGAUAGCCGCUGUCAAGUACAUGCUGUUGCCAAGAGAAGAUCCUUUCCUAUCUGGCUGGUGAUGCUCUUCUGCAGCCUCAUGGUGGUGGGAGUUGUCCUCCUCCUACAGUACCUUGUUCCAGGAUUUAUUUAAACCAUACAUGUCUUGUUACAGGUCAGGUUUGAUCGAGCUUGGAGCCAUCUUCAUAUUACUUUCUUUGCAUCAGCAUGCUAUAACUCCUGAUUCCAAAAAUGUUAGGAUGCUAUGAAAUCAAAAUAAAAACAAAAUGCAAAAAUUUACACAUGAACUUUGUUUAAGAUAACUAAUGUACAGUGUUCCUUGGCCCAUAUCCUUUAUACAGUCAUGUGUUUCAUGAAAUGGUGAACCUCAUCCCAUCCUUGCUUGUCAACAACUGAGCCUUUUGAGCCCCUUUCCUACCCCCUUUCCUGAUAUCACUGGAUGCCAGUGAACCUGUUUAGAUGUGAAAUAUUCCAGACAGGUGUGUUUUGAGUAUUCCACAGCUUUUCUGUUUUUUGUUGUUCUGUCCCAACUUGUUUUAAAUGUAUCAAAUUUAGAAAAACCUUAUAUUUACAAAAAAUGAUCAACAUGAUAUGGUAAAACAUUAAAUGGAUUGUCUGUGUACUGUUCUCACAAAUUGUCACAUUCUGUUCUAUUUAUGCUUCACACAGAAUGCCAACUUUUAUGAAAUGGAGUUGUAAGAUCCAAACUUCCUUUGACUGCAGCACCACAACUCAACAACAAAGCUUGACAUAAAACAGCUUUGAUGGCACCUUGACAUUGUUCCCUCCAAGUUUUUCCUCUCAGACCUGUAAACCCAAUGAAAUCAAACCAGGACAGUUUGCUGGGUUUUAUAUUUGCUUUGAUCUCUUUCAGUUAUUCUUAAUAAUUUUUGGUAUUCAUGAUAAAAGGCCAAGGUUCAUAAUUGUUCAAAGGGUUGGAUCUUUUCAUUGACAAAUUUAAGGAACAAUGUAAAAAUAUAUAAAUGACACGAUGUGUGUGAUUUUGUUUUGUGUUUACACACACACACAUUGAACAAGCUGAUAGCUGAUAUGAUUUGAUUUGUUUUUGAUCCAUUUGGGGGAAGCAGAAAGUCAGUUUACAGUGCUGUGGUAAAGGGUUGUCAAUUAAGAUAGUGUGUUAAACAUCUAUUUGUCUCAGUACAUUGGGUUUUUGAAAUCAUAAAUACAGAUGUAAAUGUGAAUCAGUUUUUUAAAUGAUGCCCAAAUUGUUAUAACUAACAUGGAGAAAUGAUUGAAGAAAUACAAUAUUAUAUAAUAUUAUUAUAUUAAGAAAUAUUAAAAACACUUUUGGCUUGCUUGAUGAUCCUGUCAGGGUCUGUGGUCUGUAAACUUUACAGCUGUUUUGAAAGAAACCUGGAGCAACAUAUAUAUAAUAUAUAUAUUUUCUCAACUGUUCAUUUCUUUUCCCAUCAUAUUUUUAAGGGCAUAUUUUAAAAAAAAAAACACCCUUCCCUCCUAUUUCCCUUACUUUCUUACUACUUUGAUCUUUUUUACAUACACCUUAAAAUCAUUUUUUUAAAAAAGGAUGUGGACAUCAUUAAUACAUACAAAAUACAAAUAAAAAAAUCU